ACACGCUUUCUCAUUGAUGACGCACCAAUUCAAAUUAAAGCAUUUUACAAAUAUGAAAUAUGGAUUGCCUCACCACUCUUCCACUGCUCCUCCUUCUCAGCCUCUUCACAUCUAGCUCCGCCGUCAACUUUGAAGUUUAUAACAACUGCUCCUACACCGUUUGGGCGGCCGCAACCCCAAUUGGCGGUGGCCAACGGCUCAAAAAUGGCCAAAGCUGGAACUUCGACGUGCCACGCGGCACAAAAAUGGGACGUAUUUGGGGUCGUAGAAACUGCAACUUUGAUAGUAGAGGAGAGGGUAGUGACAUUGACUUUGACCGUAUUUUUCCCAACACAUGCGAGACGGGUGACUGCGGCGGGGUGUUGCAGUGCACCGGGUUGGGCAAGCCGCCCAACACCUUGGUGGAGUUCGCCCUAAACCAAUUCAACAAUAACCUCGACUUCUUCGACAUCUCCAACGUCGACGACUUCAACAUCCCCAUGAGAUUUGCCCCCACCAAACCCGACGCCGGCAAAUGCCAUUCAAUCUCAUGCACGGCGGAUAUCGUCGGCCAAUGCCCCGGCCUUCUCAGGCAUCCUGUAGGAUGUAAUAACCCUUGCACCACCUUUGGAGGACAGGAAUAUUGCUGCACCAGUGGAACCUGUGGUCCCACUGAUUAUUCAAUGUUUUUCAAGGGAUUGUGUCCUGAUGCUUAUAGUUACCCUAAGGAUGAUGCCACCAACACUUUCACUUGCCCUGGAGGAACCACUAAUUAUAGGGUUGUCUUCUGCCCGGAAAGAAUUAAAGAAAUGAGGUAUAAAGAAAUGAGAUUCAAUAACAAAACCGACUACCUACAUAUUCUCCUCGAUGGCCCGUGGAAAAUAUUCGACAACUACCUAGUGACGCAAAGAUGGCAGCCGAAAUUUGAUCCGGCCAAAGCGAAGUUCUCCAAAAUGGCAGUUUGGGUUCGGUUUCCACGUCUCUCCGUGGAAUACUUCAGAGAUGACAUCAUCAAAAGCGUUCUCGAGGAUGUGGGCAAACCUUUGGGAUUGGAUCAGACGACAACCGCGGUUGUUAAAGGAAGAUACGCUAGAGUUGCGGUGGAAGUAGACCUGAACAAACCUCUAGUGUCGGAAAUCUGGGUGGAAGAUCAGAUACAGUCUUAA